GUGCAAAUAAUACUGGUAAUUCCCCUUGUGUGUAGGCGAGUCGAGUCAUAAGCAUAGAUAUAAGGUUCCACGUGUGGUCUGUAGUCUUUCUGGUUAGGCUGCUGUUAGUUUAGUUCUACUUCCUCCCUGUGAUCUGCCUGAAAACUGUUGGACAAAAGUGUUAUCAACAUUUCUGCAGUAAAGGAGGAGAACUUUUACUCUCCCAUUAAACCUUCCUCUCAGACAGAUACAUUUCUUUGUCUGGUUAAUCUCUGCUGCCAUGGAGACGUAAACAACCCCAGGAGGGUUGUUCCAUUCAGGGGGAGAGGGUUGACCAACCAUACCCAGGGCUGUGUGUGUGUGUGUGUUCUGUCCAUAUUCACCAAGUGGACAGAGUUGUUUGGCCUAGUCUGGUGGUUACAGACAGACAGACAGACAGACAGACAGACAGACAGACAGACAGACACAGGCAGACAGACACAGGCAGACAGACACAGACAGACAGACAGACACAGGCAGACAGACACAGGCAGACAGACACUUCUCUGUGGCUCAGACACUACUUACUUUUUUAUAAAAUAAUCUGCUAAAUGGCAUAUCAUAUAUUAUUAUAAGGUGUUCUGGCAUAUUGUGAUAUACUAUUAUGACACAAGGUUGUCGGUUUCUCUUCUGUAGGUUGUUAGUCAGAUCAGUUCCGGAACCUUCAGUUUUAUUUCUGAUGUGUGAGAUGACGGGUCACGCAUUACUGAUUCCAUCAAUCACGUGUGUUUUCGUGUGUGUGUGUGUGUGUUCCCCCUGCCCUGGGUUACUCAUCCCUCUCUCCCUGAGGAGAAUGGCCCUUCCUUUUCUCUAAUUCUACAAAAUCUUCAUCAAAAAAACUCCAUCUAGAAGCUAAAUCUAGACUCUAAUAGCCGUAUAUCUAGAUUCUAGGCUGUCUAUAUCUAGACUGUCUACCCUGUUUGUAAAUGGACACCCUAGUCCAUCUCCAGAAGAGCCCGUUCCUCAUUGGUCUGUGUCGAAACGGAGCCCCAGUUAACCUGCAGUAUGACAACUCCUCAGAAUUGUUCCGUAUCUCGACCUUUGCCCUCUUCCCGACUGCAGCUGUAACAGAGCGCACCCUGGCCAGGGCAGGAUGGUUCUAUACUGGUGUUGGAGACAGGGUGCAGUGUUUCAGGUGGGUGAUGGUUCUAUACUGGGGUUGGAGACAGGGUGCAGUGUUUCAGGUGGGUGAUGGUUCUAUACUGGUGUUGGAGACAGGGUGCAGUGUUUCAGGUGGGUGAUGGUUCUAUACUGGGGUUGGAGACAGGGUGCAGUGUUUCAGGUGGGUGAUGGUUCUAUACUGGUGUUGGAGACAGGGUGCAGUGUUUCAGGUGGGUGAUGGUUCUAUACUGGGGUUGGAGACAGGGUGCAGUGUUUCAGGUGGGUGAUGGUUCUAUACUGGUGUUGGAGACAGGGUGCAGUGUUUCAGGUGGGUGAUGGUUCUAUACUGGGGUUGGAGACAGGGUGCAGUGUUUCAGGUGGGUGAUGGUUCUAUACUGGUGUUGGAGACAGGGUGCAGUGUUUCAGGUGGGUGAUGGUUCUAUACUGGUGUUGGAGACAGGGUGCAGUGUUUCAGGUGGGUGAUGGUUCUAUACUGGUGUUGGAGACAGGGUGCAGUGUUUCAGGUGGGUGAUGGUUCUAUACUGGUGUUGGAGACAGGGUGCAGUGUUUCAGGUGGGUGAUGGUUCUAUACUGGUGUUGGAGACAGGGUGCAGUGUUUCAGGUGGGUGAUGGUUCUAUACUGGUGUUGGAGACAGGGUGCAGUGUUUCAGGUGGGUGAUGGUUCUAUACUGGGGUUGGAGACAGGGUGCAGUGUUUCAGGUGGGUGAUGGUUCUAUACUGGUGUUGGAGACAGGGUGCAGUGUUUCAGGUGGGUGAUGGUUCUAUACUGGUGUUGGAGACAGGGUGCAGUGUUUCAGGUGGGUGAUGGUUCUAUACUGGUGUUGGAGACAGGGUGCAGUGUUUCAGGUGGGUGAUGGUUCUAUACUGGUGUUGGAGACAGGGUGCAGUGUUUCAGGUGGGUGAUGGUUCUAUACUGGUGUUGGAGACACCUACCUACUAAUUGAUAUGUUGCUGCUCCAGGUGUAACGUGACAUCUAAUUGAUAUGCUCCAGGUGUAACGUGACAUCUAAUUGAUAUGCUCCAGGUGUAACGUGACAUCUAAUUGAUAUGCUCCAGGUGUAACGUGACAUCUAAUUGAUAUGCUCCAGGUGUAACGUGACAUCUAAUUGAUAUGCUCCAGGUGUAACGUGACAUCUAAUUGAUAUGCUCCAGGUGUAACGUGACAUCUAAUUGAUAUGCUCCAGGUGUAACGUGACAUCUAAUUGAUAUGCUCCAGGUGUAACGUGACAUCUAAUUGAUAUGCUCCAGGUGUAACGUGACAUCUAAUUGAUAUGCUCCAGGUGUAACGUGACAUCUAAUUGAUAUGAUCAAGGUGUAACGUGACAUCUAAUUGAUAUGCUCCAGGUGUAACGUGACAUCUAAUUGAUAUGCUCCAGGUGUAACGUGACAUCUAAUUGAUAUGCUCCAGGUGUAACGUGACAUCUAAUUGAUAUGCUCCAGGUGUAACGUGACAUCUAAUUGAUAUGCUCCAGGUGUAACGUGACAUCUAAUUGAUAUGCUCCAGGUGUAACGUGACAUCUAAUUGAUAUGCUCCAGGUGUAACGUGACAUCUAAUUGAUAUGAUCAAGGUGUAACGUGACAUCUAAUUGAUAUGCUCCAGGUGUAACGUGACAUCUAAUUGAUAUGCUCCAGGUGUAACGUGACAUCUAAUUGAUAUGCUCCAGGUGUAACGUGACAUCUAAUUGAUAUGCUCCAGGUGUAACGUGACAUCUAAUUGAUAUGCUCCAGGUGUAACGUGACAUCUAAUUGAUAUGCUCCAGGUGUAACGUGACAUCUAAUUGAUAUGCUCCAGGUGUAACGUGACAUCUAAUUGAUAUGCUCCAGGUGUAACGUGACAUCUAAUUGAUAUGCUCCAGGUGUAACGUGACAUCUAAUUGAUAUGCUCCAGGUGUAACGUGACAUCUAAUUGAUAUGAUCAAGGUGUAACGUGACAUCUAAUUGAUAUGCUCCAGGUGUAACGUGACAUCUAAUUGAUAUGCUCCAGGUGUAACGUGACAUCUAAUUGAUAUGCUCCAGGUGUAACGUGACAUCUAAUUGAUAUGCUCCAGGUGUAACGUGACAUCUAAUUGAUAUGCUCCAGGUGUAACGUGACAUCUAAUUGAUAUGCUCCAGGUGUAACGUGACAUCUAAUUGAUAUGCUCCAGGUGUAACGUGACAUCUAAUUGAUAUGAUCAAGGUGUAACGUGACAUCUAAUUGAUAUGCUCCAGGUGUAACGUGACAUCUAAUUGAUAUGCUCCAGGUGUAACGUGACAUCUAAUUGAUAUGCUCCAGGUGUAACGUGACAUCUAAUUGAUAUGCUCCAGGUGUAACGUGACAUCUAAUUGAUAUGCUCCAGGUGUAACGUGACAUCUAAUUGAUAUGCUCCAGGUGUAACGUGACAUCUAAUUGAUAUGCUCCAGGUGUAACGUGACAUCUAAUUGAUAUGCUCCAGGUGUAACGUGACAUCUAAUUGAUAUGCUCCAGGUGUAACGUGACAUCUAAUUGAUAUGCUCCAGGUGUAACGUGACAUCUAAUUGAUAUGCUCCAGGUGUAACGUGACAUCUAAUUGAUAUGCUCCAGGUGUAACGUGACAUCUAAUUGAUAUGCUCCAGGUGUAACGUGACAUCUAAUUGAUAUGCUCCAGGUGUAACGUGACAUCUAAUUGAUAUGCUCCAGGUGUAACGUGACAUCUAAUUGAUAUGCUCCAGGUGUAACGUGACAUCUAAUUGAUAUGCUCCAGGUGUAACGUGACAUCUAAUUGAUAUGCUCCAGGUGUAACGUGACAUCUAAUUGAUAUGCUCCAGGUGUAACGUGACAUCUAAUUGAUAUGCUCCAGGUGUAACGUGACAUCUAAUUGAUAUGCUCCAGGUGUAACGUGACAUCUAAUUGAUAUGAUCAAGGUGUAACGUGACAUCUAAUUGAUAUGCUCCAGGUGUAACGUGACAUCUAAUUGAUAUGCUCCAGGUGUAACGUGACAUCUAAUUGAUAUGAUCCAGGUGUAACGUGACAUCUAAUUGAUAUGAUCCAGGUGUAACGUGACAUCUAAUUGAUAUGCUCCAGGUGUAACGUGACAUCUAAUUGAUAUGCUCCAGGUGUAACGUGACAUCUAAUUGAUAUGCUCCAGGUGUAACGUGACAUCUAAUUGAUAUGCUCCAGGUGUAACGUGACAUCUAAUUGAUAUGCUCCAGGUGUAACGUGACAUCUAAUUGAUAUGCUCCAGGUGUAACGUGACAUCUAAUUGAUAUGCUCCAGGUGUAACGUGACAUCUAAUUGAUAUGCUCCAGGUGUAACGUGACAUCUAAUUGAUAUGCUCCAGGUGUAACGUGACAUCUAAUUGAUAUGCUCCAGGUGUAACGUGACAUCUAAUUGAUAUGCUCCAGGUGUAACGUGACGACGGAGGGAUGGCAGACAGGUGACUGUCCUACCGAGAGACACAGACAGAUGUCUCCUUCUUGCGCCUUCAUCCAGAGUCUACCCUCUACUGCCAACCUCCUCUCCUCUUCUCACAGCGCCUUCUCUCCGCUAUGCAACGCGCACGUCAUACCGGUGUCAGGACCUGGCCCAGCCCCCCUACCCGUCUCUGCCCUGGUGUCCUGUGAACAGCCCAGUGUCCCACCCCCCUCUGGCCCACUGAGCUCCCGAGAAGUAGAUGACAUGUCCCACCAGAGACCCCCUACCUGUCACAACCCCAGUAUGAGGAGAGAGCAGGACCGUCUGGACUCCUUCCACUCCUGGAUCCUGUCCAUCAUCACCCCCUCUGAGCUGGCUACGGCUGGCUUCUAUUACCUGGGACAGGGAGACCGCGUGGCCUGCUUCACCUGUGGAGGACAGCUCAGUAACUGGGAGCCAGGAGACCGGGCCGUGUCGGAGCACCAGAGACAUUACCCCAACUGUCACUUCGUCAGAGGAGACCGGGCCGACAACGUGUCCAUGGCGGGCGGGGCUAGAGGUGUAGGGGUGCCCCCCGGCCCCCCAGGUCUCAGCAACGUGUCUAACCCAGCCAUGCAGCAGCGUGAGGAGAGGUUGCUGACCUUCGUCCACUGGCCCUUGCGUAUCCCCGUGCGCCCUGACCAGCUGGCCAAGGCAGGGUUCUACUACGUCGGGCGUAAUGAUGACGUUAAGUGUUUCUGCUGUGACGGGGGUCUGAGAUGCUGGGAGUCAGGUGACGACCCCUGGGUGGAGCACGCCAAAUGGUUCCCUAGGUGUCAGUACCUGCUCCAGGAGAAAGGUCAGGAGUUUGUCCAUCAGAUCCAGGCUCGCUUCCCUCGGCUCUUUGAACAGCUCCUGACCAGUGGGGACAGCAUCUCCAGGGAGUUUGUGGACCCACCAAUGGUGAACCUGGGUCCAGGUGAGGAGCGGUCAGAAGAUGCAGUGAUGAUGAACACUCCGGUGGUUGUGUCGGCUCUAGAGAUGGGAUUUGAGCGUGGCCUGGUCAAGCAGACGGUCCAGAGUAAGAUCCUGACCAUCGGAGAGAACUACAAGACGGUCCAGGAACUGGUCUCAGACCUGCUGUCUGCCGAGGACCAAAGGAGAGAGGAGGAGAAAGAGAUGCUGACCGAGGAGAUGGCUUCUGAUGGUAAUUCGUUCUUGAAGAGACACCAGGCAGCGUUGGUCCUGCGCCUGAAGAGUGUUGAGUCUGUCCUGGAGCACCUCCGAGAGCAGAACGUCAUCAGUGGAGAGGAAUACAGUGGUCUCCAGGGCCAGUCCUCUCAGCAGCAGACAGCCAGACUGAUAGACUUGGUCUUGACUAAAGGGAACGCAGCAGCUGAGGUCUUCAGGAACUGGAUCCAGAAGAACGAUGUCCACCUGCUCAGAGACCUGAUGGCCCAGGCAAACGAAGCCUCAUCACCAAGUCAAGAUCUCUCAGACCUGCCGAUGGAGGAGCAGCUACGGCGCCUGCAGGAGGAGCGGACCUGCAAGGUGUGUAUGGACAAGGAGGUGAACAUUGUCUUCAUCCCGUGUGGUCACCUGGUGGUCUGUAAGGAGUGUGCUCCCUCUCUGAGGAAAUGUCCCAUCUGCAGAGGACUGGUCAAGGGCACCGUCCGAACCUUCCUCUCCUAGAAGACCGAAGAGGAACCAGGCUUGAUGUUAGGCGCUGGUAGAUCUGUGAAAUAAAAUAAAUAUAUCUCAAAUAAA